UGCCGAGUCCCGCUGGGACUUUGUCUUCGUGACGUAGCGUAGGCCUCGAACCGGAGCCCCGUUUAUAUCGAAUACCACCCUGCGCCGCCCCUCACUCACUCAUCACGCCAGACUUCGUACGCCCUUGCUUUCUUGUUGACUCCAGUUCCGGCGGUUUUGGGUGAGCAUUUUACAGGAGAAAGUGGCUGUUAGAAAACGUAUGUACCAAUUUACAGGAUUAGUGUUCUGCGUUGUGGAGAGACAAAUCUGAGCGAACACUUUCCACCGUCUCGUUCAUCGAGCUCUCGCCGCCAGGUAUCGGAACUUUGAUCGCCAUAACAAACUGCCAUGUCUCGGCGAAAACAAGCUAAACCACGAGCGCUCAAACUUGAUGAAGUGGAUGAAGAGUUCUUUGAUGAAAGCCCUGAAGAGGACGAGUCUCUGUUAGUGCCCCUCCCUGGAAGCGGGAAGAACUUGCCUGACCACAUAAUUACGGGGCUGGAAAACUCAGCAAUUGUCUUCACCCCCCAGUGUGAUCCAGAGGUGCCCGAUGUUGCUAUGGAGACCGAAAACAGCAUUGAAUCAGGGUUGAAUGGGGGCACAGGAACCCCCACUUCUUGGCGGUCUUCGGAUACCCCUGAUGACCAGUCCCUUUCCUUGUCACCCACUAGCUGUGCCACACCCUCGGACCCAGAUGUUGAUCUCACAUACACUAUUGGGGUGACAGAAAGCACGCCUUACGCCUGUCAGUUUUGUGAAAAGGCUUUCCCUCGCCUAAGCUAUCUCAAAAGGCACGAGCAAAUUCACAGUGAUCAGAUGCCGUUCAAAUGCGACUACUGCCAGCGGCUGUUCAAACACAAACGAAGCCGCGACCGUCACAUCAAACUCCACACGGGAGAUAAAAAGUACCGCUGUCCGCAUUGCGAGUCCGCCUUUUCACGGAGUGACCACCUCAAGAUCCAUAUGAAGACUCACGAUCAUGCCAAGCCUUUCCAGUGCACGGUCUGUAAUCGAGGUUACAACACUGCGGCGGCUCUGACUUCACAUAUGCAGAACCACAAAAAAGAUUCUACUCACACUUCCUCCAAUGCUCAGUUUCAACCACAGUCAUUUCGGUGUCUCCAGUGUUCGACAUUCUUCUCCAACGCUAAAGAUCUGCAGGCCCACGUCGAGACCCACCGCGAAGGGAGCGCCUCACCGAGCGAGAAGACGAGCCAGUGUGCCUUCUGCCAUGAAUUCUGCCCUAGUCCAGGGGCUCUCCGACUGCAUAUGGAACAAAGCCACCCCUCCGAAGCUCAAGGAAAAUGCCCAGUAUGUCGAGAUAUCUUUUCUUCAGUGCAGUCUUUGAUCCACCAUAAAAAGAAUCCGACUGUGAUAAUAGAAGUACAGCCUAACUUCCUCUGGAGACUGAAAAUGAGUCUAAACAAACAUAAGUUAGACAUCACAAGUUAUUAUCUAAUGAUGGUUCACACUGAUGCCGAAAUGGAGGAUAUUAGCAGUAGUGCUGAAAGUAAGAGAGAAUCUACUAAGUUCCUAUGCGGUUUCUGUGCAAAAGGUAGCUUUUCUACAUUAGAAGCUUUACAAUUACAUGUGCAAACAGAGCAUGCGCCAACAUCGGGGGAAGAUGUGGGGCAACUUCUUCUAAAUUCUCCAUCCUAUUUUAACCUUUCUUCAUUGGCGCUUACAUUACAGCAGCAUCAAGCGCGUAGCAACAACGGAAGUUUUAGCUGUGAAUAUUGUAAUAUGAAAUUUAAUAGUGUCCAUAGUCUUCAGAAACACACACUUACCAUUCAUAGUUUUACAGAUCUUUUUCCUAAAGUGCAAGAAAACCUUUACUGUCCGCAGUGCAAUAUGGGAUUUCCCAGUACUGUUUCCCUCACAGAACACACGAAAACGUUCCACGAGAAUAGAAAUGAAAGUCCGAAACAUAAUGUAACUGCAACGAAAGACGGUACCUUAAGUACCCUCAGCAACAGCAGUGGAUUUUGGGAUAAAACUUCAACUAAAGCUCAAUCAUAUUCGACAAAAGAAUCAACAGUCAACGGAGGUAUCCCAUCCUUCCCACACAGUGGGCCCUUACUUUGUAGUCAGUGUAAUGCUGCAUUCCCAGAUUUUGAGUCUUUUCGGACUCAUCUUAAGACGCACUUAGAAGCGGCAAUCCAGAAUUUUACUUGUAGUGAGUGCGAGGUUGAGUUUCCUACAGAACAGCAACUAGAUGCGCACGUAGUGACGCAUUUCUUAUCAACAUCAACAGAGUAUGGUUGCAGAUGUUGUCUCAAACUUUUCACCAAACCAGACGAACUCCAGAAACACUUGAUGGAUAUCCACGCUCAUCAUCUGUAUAGAUGUUCUCUCUGUAAGGAAAUAUUUGAUUCUAAAGUAAGCAUUCAGGUUCAUUUUGCUGUAAAGCACAGUAAUGAAUGUCGACUCUUCAAGUGCACGAGUUGUAAUGCAGUCUUUCGCUCUGAAAUGGAGUUCCAACUACACGUUAAAGUAAUGCAUUUGUACAAAAUUCACCCUUUUCGCUGCCUACUUUGUGAUCAGUGUUUCUCAACAGAAUUUCAACUUCAGUAUCAUUUGAACACUCACAAAAAGGAGUUCUCUUGUGCCUCGUGUAACGAAGCCUUCCAUGUCGAAUUCCUUUUGGAUAAGCACAUGCAGGCUUGUCACAAUCAAGAAGCCAAGGGUCCAUCAGCGAGCAACCAGUUAUCUAUGUCUGCCGACGGUGUACAGAAUCUUAGCCUUAAGCCAUUAAACGGUAGAAGUGAGACGCUAACACCCUCUCUAAAGUGUAAAAAAGAUUUUAGCUGCGAAAUAUGUGAUGGUAUUUUUUCAUCGGAGAGCCACCUGAACUCUCAUCGCCGGCAAGUUCACAACAUUCGAACGUCUGGUUCUCAGAAAUCCGGGCAGACAACAUUAAGUUUAUUUUGUGCUUACUGUAAUGAAUCUUAUAAAACUCGUUCGGAAUUGGAAAACCACAUGAAAACGCAUACUAUCAGCCCUUCCAAACACAAAUGUAAUAUUUGUGAUGAGCUUUGUCCCACUGCAGCAACACUGGCCGAACACAAGCUUAGCCACUGCAAAGUACUCACUGGUAGCAUUUGCGUGACGUGUAAGAAAACGGUGAAGAACGAAGAAGAGUUCUACAGCCACAUUCAGCAGCAUAGCGCUAUUGGUUUGCCAGUUCCGUGUGUUAUCUGUCAACAAACUCUAAUGUCAGACGUGGAAAUCCAAGUCCAUUCCAAGUUUCACCUGAAAAACUGUGAUCCUCUUUAUUCCUGUUGCGUCUGCACGAAGCAGUUUGAAGCCAAUAAUCUCAUCAUCACGGGGAAGCAAGACAAUGGUCAUACUUACAUGUGUAAAGAUUGUUUUCAUGCUAGAAGCGAAGACCUGCGAUGUCCAGAGUGUAAGGUGAAAUUUGAAACUGUGAGCGCAUUAGAAAAACACAAGUUGACCCAUAAGAAGACGUACCAGUGUAUUAAGUGUCAAAUGUCAUUUGAAAGCGAGGCAGAAAUUCAAGCUCAUGUUACUUCACACAUGAUACAAGAAGGGACCAGCCACGAGUGCAAGUUAUGCCACACUGUGUUCGAAUCUCCAGCCAAGCUCCAAUGUCACCUGAUUGAACAUACAUUUGAGGGUUGCAGUUGUUACACGUGUUACAUGUGUAGUGCAGUGUUUACAGCCCCGCACUUGAUCCAGCAACACAUGCUAGAACAUGGACUCAGUUCUCGACCCUAUGACUGCGCUCAUUGUCACCAGAGAUUCUUCUUUCGGGCUGAGCUAGAAAACCACUCGCACAUGCAUAAGGAGAAUAUUGACAGUGGUGAACAUUUAAACUGUCCAGACUGUAGUAAACUAUUCAACAACAUAGUUAAUCUUAAUAAUCAUCGAAAAAUCCAUGAACAAAAUAAUAAUACUCUAAAGUGUUCCAUGUGCCCAGAACUUUUUCAUAAUUCCGGCGACAUGCAACAGCACUAUUUUAGAUGUCAUGCAGACACAGAGCUUGGCAGUGGCAAAAAACUUUUUUCAUGCACCGAGUGCGAGCAGGUUUUCCCCUGUCUCAGCAACCUUCAGGGGCAUGUGAGGAUCCAUGCUCAGGGAACUAAAUACACUUGCCCAGAAUGUAAAAAGGAGUUUGCUCUUUCUCGAAACCUCAAUAUACACAUGCGGUCUCAUAGCGGUGAGAAACCUUAUGAAUGUCCCAUUUGUAAAAAACGUUUUGCUCGCAAAGAAAAUCGGAAGGCACAUCUUAAAUCUCACUCUGGCCUCAAACCUUUCAUGUGUCCGCAUUGUGGAAAAACAUUCUCUCGCAAAUGUCAUGUCAAGGAACACAUGCGCAUUCAUAUCACUUCUACUACUCAUCCAUGUGAAAAUUGCACGGAAACCUUUCGAUCGCUCAAACAGUUGAAGCGUCAUCUUGUGGAUAUCCACCAAAAGCACUACGAUCAUCUAUGUUCUCUUUGUGGAGAAGUUUUCAACCAAUCAAAAAGUCUGCAGAACCACAUGCAAAAGAACCACGAUGUGACAACUACAAGCUCAGAACAUGAUCUUCCAGAAGACUUAUCUGAAUCUUCUCCCGGUCAAAGUUCAGCAUCGGGUGACAUUAAAGACUUCGAAGAAAGCGAAACAAGUAGUUUGGUAGAAGAGGGAGAUACCAGAAGUUCUUCACUUCCUGCAAUACAGGAUAAUGUAACUUUGGCAACAAAAGUCGCGGCAUAAUUCUAAAGUAUUGAAAUAUUAUAGAGGGUGCUACCGGAUUAGACCUGCCUUAAAAGUGACCUUCAACAGAAAAUGCGGUAAUGAUUAUUGUUUUAAGUAACUUCUAAAAAGAAUUACUGAAGUAUUGUAAAUACUCAAAGGUUUGUAUUCUUGUUUAUACAAUAUUUUUUUUGUGCAAUUAUGUUUUGUACUGAAUUUCUAUAUUUUCGCAUAGCCUGUUAAAAAAAAGCGGGAGUAUUUCAGUAAUUCCUUUAUUUAUUAAUUAUCAAACAGGAAGUAAAUUCUUCCAGUGAUGUUUAUAUUGCUAAAAUGCAACAGUAUUGGUUGUUUUAUCUAUUUUUCUUUUGUGUGUAGUGAUCUCAAGGAUAAGUCAUCACUUGAUAUAAUAUUUCUAAUAUCAUAUUACAGUUAAUCAUGUUGACGGUUUACUUUAACUCAAAGGAGUAAAGGGAUGGAGACUUUUUUGUUUGGGUUAUGUUCCUUAGGAGUCGGAUGUCUCCUCUAUAUAAAGAGUUGUACGCUUUAUAGGUU